AUGUCUGAACGUUUAACUCCUUCCACCGUCGACAAUGGAUUCAUCCUCACAACUCCAGCGCUGAAAAAUCCAGCCACAUCUGAUCUGGUAUUCCAACGCAUCUUGCAAUGGCAUCUUCCCCAAGAUGUACUCCAGAAGAUCGCCCCAACAUUGGGCACGUUUGGAUCUGAUGCAAUCUCACAAAAGACCAAUAAUCUCAUUGCAAACGCGGAAAGCCAACAACCAUAUGUUAAAGCCCACAAUGUGUGGGGAGCACGAUACGAAUCAAAUGGCUUGGUGACCAGCACAGGGUGGAAGGAACUGGGUAAAUGGGGGAUCAAACAUGGCGUUGUCGGACUCGGAUAUGAAGAGGAAUUUGGCCCAUAUCGCCGCACAGUACAACAUGCAUUCAAUUACUUGUUUUCAGCCUCAUCGGCUGCUUAUUCCUGCCCAGUCUCAAUGACCUCAGGAGCAGCACGUUUAGUCAGACACCAAAUUUCCGACCUUCCACCAGACCAUCCAUUCCACGAGCUUUACGCGAAACUCAUUGCUCGCGAAAACAAUUGGAUCUCGGCCCAAUGGAUGACUGAGCGUCCUGGUGGUAGCGAUGUCAGGAAUAGUGAGACGGUUGCUACAUACUCCCCGCUGGCAUCGAAGACAGGUCGUUUUGGUACCAUGGAAGAGGGUGAUUAUUUGCUGUCAGGAUUCAAGUUCUUUUGCAGUGCCACCGAUUGCGAUGUCGUCCUAUUGUUAGCUAAGACCGAAUCGGGAGAGCUCUCUCUGUUCGUUGCCCCAACCACCAAAGCAGUAGUAGACGCCGAUGGUAAGACAAAAAGAGUGUCAAAUGGAAUUCGCAUCCACCGUCUCAAGAACAAGAUGGGCACGAAGGAACUACCAACUGCAGAAGUGGAGCUUCGAGGAGUGCGGGCACAUCUUAUCGGUCCGAAAGACCGUGGAAUUGCAACGAUUGCUCUCUUGUUGAACACUACACGCACCCACAACUUUAUUACAGCGCUCUCUUGUCUUCGUCGUGCUAUUGAUAUUGCAAAGGCGUUUGCUAAGGCUCGAACUACCAUUGAUCAGCCUCUCUGGACAUUUCCCAUGCAUCUAAAUAUGCUUGCUCAACUGGAAGUCAAACAUCGAGGCUGGAUGCAGCUGGCUUUCUUUACUUCAUCGUUGCUGAGCUAUGUGGAUAAUGGAUUCCCGGCAGGGAUAUGCGAGGUCUAUUCUGUUUUAGCAGAGAAUUCAAGUGCUGCAACGGUUGUACUGCGAGCAUUUACCUCUACGUCGAAGGCUGUUAUUUGCAAAUCCGCAACCUUGGCUUUCCAAGAAUGUCAGGAAGCAAUGGGCGGGGUUGGUUACAUCGAUGAACCUGACGAGUCUGAGUUCAACGUGAGUCGCUUGUGGCGUGACACUGCAAGUAACAGUGUCUGGGAGGGCACGACGAACGUGUUAGCUAGUGAGACGGUACGACAUUUGACUAAAGGCCGGAAUUUGGAUCUCUUCCAUACAUGGAUCUCCAAUGCGAUCAGCCAAAUCUCCGAUGUGGCCUUUAAAACGACCCUUCAAAACGUCUGGUUGGCUCUUAGGCCAGAACUUGAGGCCGGUCAAGAUGAGAGGGGCCUGGCUGGAGUGUUGGGAGUUGGUCGUCAAAUAAUCUUCACUUUGUCUUGGCUUGUGAGUGGCAUGCUGCUAUCUCUAGAUGCGCAGCGAGACAAGGACAGGGUUGCCAGAGAGGUGGCUCGAAGAUGGGUUUUGGACGGACAGGGUGUACCUGGAGAGUUUGCGUUCACAGAUCUCAUCUACCAGCAGUCUGCUUUGGCUCAGCAUAGAAAGCUGACGGAUCGUGAGCGUACAGAGUGGGACUGUCGAAUUGUUUGGGGGUUGAGCUUCCGUCUAAUGCGUCGGCAGGAUACCGAGUGGCUAAGAUAUAGUGCAGAAGGAUGGAUAUGUCCAGACUGA